AUGGAUGACUAUGAGCAGACUGAUGUCCUGAUCUGCGGCUGUGGCCCAACAGGGGCAAUUCUGUCUGGAUAUCUUGGAAAAAUGAGCAUCCACAACAUUGUCUUGGAAAAGGAACCGGAUAUUACAACAGACCCAAGAGGCAUUGCCCUUGAUGACGACGGCAUUCGGGCGCUACAAGGGCUAGGGCUGUAUGAGCAUGUCUUCGCCGAUAUUGGAUCAACUAUUCCGCGUGUCCGGUUUGUGAGCGGUAUUCACCAAGAUCUUCAUAAGACCCCGUUUCUUUCGUUCGACACCUCCUCGUCGGAGGGAAACACAGGGCAUAUAGGCGCGAUGCGCCAGAAGCAGCCCGCCCUGGAAAAGCACCUGCGCUCUGUGAUUGAAGGCUCAAAAUUUUCCAUGCUGAGGUCCAGCUGUGCCUUGACCUCAAUAGACGAAGACAAUAAUUGGGUGUAUACUAGCUACCGGGAUCCUGCGGGUGCUGAAAAGAAGCUCCGGGCCAAAUUCCUGGUUGCCGCAGAUGGAAAGACGGGGUACACGCGGAAACACUACCUGGAGCCAAAGGGUAUCCAGCUCGAAUGGGCUGAACGAACCAAGUAUGACGAGACCUGGGUUGCGCUCAACUGGAAAAUCCAGCUUCCGACACCGGAAAGUCACCCGGAAUUCCCAUUGUGGGAACUGGGCUACUCCCCAGAAACCGUGUACGAUCUAUUUUUUCCCGAUGACUUUCGAUUUCUUUGCAAUUCGCGUCGCCCCGCCGUCUGUGGCCGGUUCGGACUGCCUGAAGAUCGACUUUGGCGCUUUGAGUUUGUAGUUGGCUCAGAGGAAGAUGGAGUGGAAAUGGCAAAGCGCGAUAAAAUCAAAGAGGUGGUGGGCCCUUAUAUUACACACCCAGGAAGCCGAUACGGACGCUCUGACGUUCUCAAUAAAUCAGCUUGCCGGGUGUUGUUGAGUUUCCGGAAGACUGCAUCCAAGUUCUUCGCUCAAGGCCCUUUCGAUUCUCGGCCAGAAGCUGUAACAAAUGGGCCCUCGGUCGAACCAUUUUGUGUGGAGAUGCAGCGCACGUUUUCCCGCCAUACCGUCUUCAUCGCUAUUGCAGUCGGCGGACAAGGAAUCGCUUCGGGAUUCAGAGACGCAAUUGGGCUCGCGUGGCGUCUAUCAAUUCUAUGCUCUUCAAAUCAACGCCUCGACCACUCAGCCAUACUCACCGGAUGGUACCAGGAACGGAAGCAACAGCUCGACAAGUCUUUGGCAGCAACCGUACGCAAUGGAGAUAUGGUAAAUACGAAGAACGUCCUCCAGGGGUUAAUUCGUGACUGGGCUUUGUGGUCUAUGCAGUGCAUUCCUUCAUGGAAACACUGGCUCGAACUAGGGCCAAGGGCCGAAGGGCCGGUCCAGUACGCCCAUGAGCCCGGCCUACCAUUUCUCCCUGGUAUGAGCGGUGGAGGCUGCUUUGCCCAGACGUACUGUGUUGCUGUUUCGGACAAGGAGAGCCGAGCUUUUUUCACGGACGAUGCCAUUUUCGCCUCUAGCAAGAUAUGCCCAUUUCAGGUUGUGAUUCUGUUGCCGCAUCUAGAGGCCCUAAUGCCGACUCUUGGUGAGCUCGAAGGAAUUGAACAAGUGGCGCCUCAGCUCUUGCGCUUUAGUGAAGCUACGAUCUUCGUCCCUCGGAAAUCGGUGCCUCCAGGUGCCGAAGCACCCAAUAGCAGGCUAUACCGCUCGGCCACCGCAGAGGAGUUCGGCAAAUCUAGUUUAUGCAACGGCCGCCCUUUCCCGCGAGGGUACAAUGAGGACCUCAUGUGGCAGAGUAUGUCAGGGAAGCGGUAUGUUAUCCUACGGCCAGACAGAUUUGUUUUUGCGGCGUGUAAGACGGUGGCCGACUUGGGCGUGGCCGCACGCCGGCUGGAGGCGAUGUUUUCCGUAUAG